AUGGAGUACGAGAUCUACAUGUUUCUCGGAGGAGGACUAGAGUGUCUUUGCGAGAGUUUGUGUUUUCGGUUGCAGAUGAGAGAAGAUGAAGAAAGCAUUAUUCAUAAAUCUAGAAGGUUGUUUCAGCAAUUUGUGGUUGACUCUUUUUCUAUGAUUGAAUCACAAAGACUUUACGAAAUUAGGAAUAAACAAAAUACAAUUAGAGGUAAAUUUCUUCAGGGAAUAGAAGAAGCUAUGCAUCGUGGUGAUGUUGAUGCAUCAUCAAUUGGUACACGAGUUAUUUUACCUUCUUCCUUCACGGGAGGUAAACAUUAUAUGUUUAAUAAUUGUCAGGAUGCCAUUGCAAUUUGUAAACAUUUUGGUUAUCCAGAUUUAUUCAUGACCAUUACAUGUAACCCGAGCUGGCUUGAAUUUCAUCGUUAUACUGCUUGUGACAAAAUUCCGAUUGCAGAUCGUCCAAAUAUCUCUUGUUGA